AUGAGGAGACAGACCAUGAGGAGACAGACCAUGAGGAGACAGACCAGGAGGAGACAGACCAUGAGGAGACAGACCAGGAGGAGACAGACCAGGAGACAGACCAUGAGGAGACAGACCAGGAGGAGACAGACCAGGAGGAGACAGACCAUUUGGAGACAGACCAUGAGGAGACAGACCAGGAGGAGACAGACCAUGAGGAGACAGACCAGGAGGAGACAGACCAUGAGGAGACAGACCAGGAGGAGACAGACCAGGAGGAGACAGACCAGGAGGAGACAGACCAGGAGGAGACAUACCAUGAGGAGACAGACCAUGAGGAGACAGAGCAGGAGGAGACAGACCAGGAGGAGACAGACCAUGAGGAGACAGACCAUGAGGAGACAGACCAUGAGGAGACAGACCAUGAGGAGACAGACCAGGAGGAGACAGACCAUGAGGAGACAGACCAGGAGGAGACAGACCAGGAGACAGACCAUGAGGAGACAGACCAGGAGGAGACAGACCAGGAGGAGACAGACCAGGAGGAGACAGACCAGGAGGAGACAGACCAUGAGGAGACAGACCAGGAGGAGACAGACCAGGAGACAGACCAUGAGGAGACAGACCAUGAGGAGACAGACCAUGAGGAGACAGACCAGAGGAGACAGACCAGGAGGAGACAGACCAGGAGGAGACAGACCAGGAGGAGACAGACCAUGA